UUCACAAAUACAAACGAAACGCUACAGUGUGCUACAGUGCUGUAACAGUAAUUUGGCACCUCCCAAAUUCCCUAACUAAACAAGGCCUUGUUUUUUUGACUCACCUGACCCAAAAUUAUCUUAUCCUGAAACCAGGAUUUUACAGCAGAAAGUACACCCUACCAUCGUCCUUGGAGGCUUCUUCAAGGUAUCCAAACACCCCUAAGUUUACUUGUGGUGCACCCCAGCUCCUCCACUGACCUAGCACCUAGGACUUCUUUCCUUCCCUUCUUGUAUAUUCCUUGGCCACCAAAGCACACAUCAUCUCUGCCAGGUAUACUCUUUUCCGGUCCAGCUGAAGUACUGCAACUGCAGGCUGCAGCAGCUUUCUUCUGCACCGUUUCUACCUCCAAGCUUUUUUUCAUCCCAGCUGCAGCCUUUGCACCUGGAUUUGAAGCUGUCCUUGUUCCUUGAGCAUUGCGAGCUUUACAGCCUUAGCGAUUCGAUGACAAAGUCACACAAGCACGCACAAGAGCACUUGUUCAUGUGUCUCAACUGACCGUGCACGACCUCGCGCCGCCGAUCGGAGCCAAGAAUUCUCGCCAGUCGUGAGCCGAUGGAGGCGCAGCGCGCCGGGAUGCAGGACACCGCCGCCGGCGACGUCCCUGGCGCGGAAGACGGCGUCGACGAUGUUUUCUUCUGCGUGGCCGCGACGUCAAGGGGCAACAGGAGCAGCAUCUCCUACUUCCACACCAACGCGGCUGGCGAGGACGCCGAGUCGGCGCUCGCGCUGGCCGCGCUCUGCCUCGACCACGCCCCGGAGCACCACCGGUGGCACCACCACACCGUCGCCGGGGCGAGGACGUUCGCGUUCCUCUCUGCCGGCGACGGUCGCACGUACUUCGCCGCCGCGGACCCGACGCCGGGCGCCGACGAGGUGGUCAGGUUCCUGGAGCGCGUCCGCGACGCGUGCGACGCCGCGCCCAGGAAGCGCCUGCGCGACGAGGCCGUGGCCCCCGUCGCGCGGCAGUUCGCGCAGCUGCUGCGGGCCGUGGCGGCGGGGGCGAGCUCCGGCGCGGGGGACGCGGCGGCGCUUCCCGGAGACUCGCCGCGGGUGGGGUUGCCGCUGGCGCCGGUGUGCGCUGCGGACGCCGGUGGCGAGAAGGAUGAGGAGCACCAGCGGGCCGGAGCGCAACGUCGCGCCGUGCAACCGGAUCGUGCAAGCGCGCGGCCCGGGUGGCGCUCGUGGUGGCGCCACGCGGUGGUCGUUAUCGGCGUGGACGUGGUGCUGUGCCUGGUGCUGUUCGCCGUGUGGAUGGGGGUGUGCAAAGGCUUCAGGUGUCUUACGCGAUGAGCCACUCCGACGCAGGGCCUGCAACGAAACUGUAAUCACAUACAUGCUGUGCAUGAUUUGCUUCGGACUAGGGGGUCUAAGGAUGGAUUCUUUAUGUUUAGUUAUCAUAUCUACAGUUUGUAGAAUAUGAAACGAAGGUUGUGGCAUUCCUCAAGCCUUCGAUACAUGUAACCAUAGCUUGAGUUGGGCCUCAGUACUCCGUGUUUGUGAAAUGCAGAAAAUGAAAAUCUACAAGUUCAUGCAUGGCAAGCAUCGCAUGAUCUUU